AUGCCCCCAAAGAAAAAGGCCCGUAGCAGCACGGCCGCCGCAACGCCGUCAGCAACGGCCACACCACGAGAUGACGAUGCCAUGGACAUUAACACCCCAGCUGCUGGAACAACACCCGUACCUGCACCGCCCGCGGCCCAACCUCCGAAACCCAAGUUCGACCCCAGCGAUCCUUGGACAGAUGAUCAGGUCGCCUCACUGUUCAAGGGUGUGAUUCAGUGGAAGCCCGCGGGUAUGCACAAACAUUUUCGAAUCAUCGCUAUUAGCGAGCACCUCCGAAACCACGGCUUCGACCCAUUCAAGAACCCUCACACGCGCAUACCGGGAAUCUGGGCGAAACUCAGGACGUUUUACGACCUGGACGCGAUAGACGAGCGAGAGAACAGCCUAGACCCUCCCGAAGAAUGGGGCAAGCCACGGCGCUACAAAGACUUCUCCCUACCUCGCGACGACUACGGCGAUUUAAUGCUACAAGCGGCGAUUGCUCCCCCAGGCGACCCGCCCAGCAGCCCACCGGAAUGGGACCCGAACGAGCCAAGCGAAGAACGAAGGAAGCGCAAGCGCACCGAAGCUGGUACCAAGACUCGCAGUAGUACUGUGGAGGACACGGAUAAUGAGACUUCUGCCCCUAGUCCGGUGCGGAAGUCGGCCAGGGGAGCCCGGAGUGCGAAGCGGGCGGCUAGCAAGGCCCGCAAGACGAAGGAGGAGUCGCCGGAUGAAGAUGAAAGCGAGGAGGAAGAGGACGACGAAGAAGAGGAGUCCGGCGAUGAAGAGGAAGGAUCAGACGAAGAGGAGGCCGAAGCUUCCACAGCAAAAACAGGAAGAGGAACGAGAGCUCGCCCUGCUCCCAAGGCCAAACCAGUGGCUCGUGGCCGAUCAAGACCUAGUCGCCGCUAG